AAUUCUAAACCCAAUCUAUAUCCUUUUGAAGAGGCCCAUAAUUUACUUUACCGUGAAAACAAAACAAGUUGGAUCGGAGUCGCACUCAAAAACUCAACUAACUCCCGGAAAUCGCCGUCGGAGUUUCCCAGUCGCCGCCACUAACGGUGACAAAUUCAUCCAGGAACAAUGAGAGCUACAAACUUUCUUAGGGUUUUGAACAAACAGUUUCUCGGAAUCGCCGGCGACACUGCAAAUGCUGUCACUAACAAGCUGAAAUCACCUUCUCCUCCUGCGCCGGCACGUAAACCGGCUUUUAUAGAUGCAUUUCUAUACAAGAUGAAGAAGAAUCCAGAACUUCUGAAGAACAAACAAAUUUGGUCAAGAAGAUCUACUAUUUUGCCGGAAUUUGUUGAUUCUCAUGUCAGGAUUUACAAUGGAAAAACCUUCAUUCGUUGUAAAAUCACUGAGGGAAAAGUGGGUCAUAAGUUUGGUGAGUUUGCUUUAACUAGGAAACGUAAAGCUAAAGAUCAACCUAAUGCUAAAGUUAAGCAACUCAAGAAAAAGAAGUGAUUUGUUUUAGGAAAUUGAUUCUAUGUGUAGUUUAUAAUUUAUACUUACGUGGUUAAAGAUGAUGGCUUUUUUCUUUUAAAAGUGAUGCAUUUAGCUUACAAUAAAUUGAUGUUGAAUCAAGUGGGUUUAUUGAAUAGUUUAUCUAUUCAUUUUUGCUGUUCUUAUUGAACUACUGAUUAGUUAUUGAUCAAUUUAUGGUUAUUUGUUUAUGAUGAA